GUGUUCAUGUGUUUUUGUCCAAUUUUCUGCUAGAAAACAAGUCAACAAAUGAUAGAUAUUUUUACACUUCAAAACUGCAAUCAUACUCUAUAUUUCUUCCCAUUUCUUCUUCCUUCAUCCCCAAAUUAAUAGAAAUACAAAUGGGUUUUUCUUUAAUCACUCCAUCAACUUCUUCACUCUCAUAUUUUUCAUCACCCAUAAUCAAAAAACCCAUUUACCCACGUAAAAUCACUACAAAUUCAGGGUUUUCGCGCUCUCGAAUUGUUGCUCUGAGCUCAGCAUCUCCAGAGUGGGUACCAUCUAAUAGUGAAAUUAUUACACCAACUGUUGGAGAAUCCCCCAAUUCGCAAAAUCCUGAAUCCAGUGAUGAUGCAUUAACUAACCCUAAUGGCAAAAAUCUUGUUAAACUUGUUCAAUCAGCUGAAUCUUCUGUUGAAAGGUUUAUAUUUGACUUCCGCUUCUUGGCGCUUCUUGCUAUUGGAGGGUCAUUGGCUGGCUCAGUACUAUGCUUUAUGAAUGGCUGUGUUUAUGUUUAUGAUGCAUAUAAUGUUUAUUGGACUUCCUGUCUCAAAGGAGUUCACACCGGAAAGAUGGUUCUUCGAUUGGUCGAAGCAAUUGAUGUCUAUCUUGCUGGAACAGUUAUGUUGGUAUUUGCUCUAGGUCUAUAUGGAUUAUUCAUCAGUAAUGCCUCUGCCAAUCUGCAUCCUAGUGAUGAUCGAGCCCUAAAUGGUUCGUCCUUGUUUGGAAUGUUCGCUUUGAAGGAGAGGCCUAGAUGGAUGAAAAUUAGCUCCCUGGAUGAACUAAAAACGAAAGUAGGACAUGUUAUAGUGAUGAUUCUCCUAGUAAAGAUGUUUGAGAGGAGCAAGAUGGUGACAAUAGCUACUGGCUAUGAUCUAUUGAGCUAUGCUUGCUGUAUUUUCUUGUCAUCUGCAUCGUUGUAUAUCCUUAACCUUCUGCACAAGACAGACGAAAAUGGUGACCAUGAAUAAGAUAUGAAUUCGAUCAUGAUAAGGCGUAUUUAUAUGCAAACAACUGUUAUUGUUUUAGUGCACAAAACAAUGUAAUAAAACAGCAUUUAUUCUUCUGGACUUUUAGUAAUAAUGAGAGAAUUCAUAACUUA